UGGAGCCCGCCGCCCAUCCACCCACAUCCAUUCAUCCCCUGGUGCGUCCGGCGCGUGUGGGUGCUGCUACUGCCGAUUGCUUGCUGCCCCCCCGUCCCCCUGCCUUGCUCACUGUGGGCGUGCUCCAGUGGCUGUCCUGUUCUUUCGCUAGCGGCCUUUGGUUGCUUGCCCAGCUGUCCCGGUCGCGCCGUGGCCUGAUUUUUUUCCUUUUGCCCACUGGCCCGCCUGUCUCUCAUCCCGACCACCAUUCGUUUUUCUUUCUUUUCCUCCUCUCCUCUUCUAGUUCCUGGCCUUGCCUCACCACCAAGAAAAGAAGCAUCAUCUUCUUUUUUUUCUUCCCACACACACCCUCGCCAUCUUGUUUUCUGUUCCUUCGUUUACCUUUUUUUGUCUUCGUUCUUUUUUCGACUUGAUUUGUUCGUCUUGCGUCCUGUUCAACUCCCCUUCAGACGACAAGGCAAUCUGUCAAACCAACCCCAGCGCUCUCGACAACCGACUCCUGGACUCUUGUAUUUUUAUCCCCAGUCGACUGUCCGCCUGCCUGCUUCCUUGAACAAUCGUCUAUUUUUACUCGUGUAAAUCGAAUCCUGGGCUUGUCUACUUCAUUGCUUGCAACAAGAAACCCGCAUUCCCACCACCCUUUUUCACAGUUACCGAAACCGCUGCAUUCCAGCUGCCAAACGACGCAAUACCUGGUCACAGCCUCUGCUUGCCCAGUUUCUCGAUACCCCGUCGCUUUGCACUCGGUAAUCUCCAUCUCCAACUCUCUUCGUUCAUCAACGUCGAAACUGGGUGCUUCGGAUUUUGCCAAUUUUCACGAUACGUCGCUCAAAGACGCUCACUGUUACCACGCCACCUAGACAUAGCCAUCCUCGAAUCACGGCCAGUGCUGUCACCACAAAGUCACCCUUUUCGGCCACAUUCCGAUCACCUGUCACCCGUGGCGCUUGGCAACCCGAUUCUAGCUGCGUUCAAACUAGCACCAACGCUUAGAGACGCCGCUUCUCAAUACCCGUCGUCUCUUUCUUCUUCACACCCACAGCCCUAGGCAUCAUGGCUCGCCAUCAAAGAAGGACGGGCUUUGCCGCCCUCAUCUCCCUCUUCGUCUUUGUGGCCUUUGUGAACGCGGUCGAUUUUACCUUCUGCGCAAAGACCAGUCCUAGUUCCACUCCCAACGAUGAACAGUUCCAAACCAACGGCCUCUGUAGUGAUAACUGUGGCCCCAAGGGCUUCGCUUACGCCGUCACAAAUUACCGAAACUGCUGGUGCACAAACGACGCACCCAAGCAGAGCGACAAGAUCUCCAGGUCCAGCUGCAGCCAGGGCUGCCCUGGCUUCCCAGACGAGCUUUGCGGCGGAUCAAACGCCUAUUCCUGGAUACAACUCAAGGGCCCUGCUCAGAGCCCAAGCAUCACACCAUCCCCUUCCUCGACAUCCUCUCCUUCUUCAUCCCGCCGACCAUCUCCUUCUUCCUCAACUGCUUCGUCCCCCAGCAGUAGCUCAUCUUCCUCUAGCCCAAAAACGUCCCAAGUCGCUACUACGGAUACCAACGGCCAAGUUUCCACCGUCAUUAUCACGUACUACCCAUCCAGCACCUCGGAUCACUCGUCUGGUGGCUCUGACGGUAACAGCGGUGGCCUAGGUACCGGUGCUAUUGUCGGCAUUGUCGUCGGCAUCAUUGGUGCCAUCCUCGUCAUUGCCGGCAUCAUUCUCUUCAUGUUUUUGAGAAAGCGCAAGCAGCAAAAAGAAGCUGACGCAGCCGCCGGUAGUGCUUCGGGCUCCCGUGGCCGCGGCUCGCCGUCUUCUCCUGGUUCUGCUGGCAACCGAAGCAGCAUGCUGCAGAUUGAUCCUCGCAUGGACCCUUUCAACCAGGGUCUGUACGCCCGUAGCGGCAGCGCAGAGAGUGUCAACACGCUCCACGACGACCACGACUACUCGCGCAGAAUACAGGCCCCCAAGGUUCUGCGUGCCACCAACCCCGAUCCUGAAACCGGCGGUGCCCCUGUUGGGGUCUCGUCGUAACCCGGGACCGGAUACACAUAGCUUUUUUUUUUUGGACAUUUUUUAUUAUUUUUCCGUCAUCACUUUUAAACACUAGAGGAUCCAAAUAUUACGACGCACACGAUUUGAACUAUUGGUUCUCACCUUUACAUACAUAUUGCACAUUGGAGAGGGAACUUUGCUUGGCUACCGCCUCUUUUAUUUUGUAUCGCCUAAAAACGAGAAAAAGAAAAGGGCGGACGCGUGAAGCAAAGUAUGCGUCGCAUGGUAUCAGAGGAGUCCUGCUUCGUCUCUUGUACGAGGAAGAGGAGGCUCCUUUGAGAGGACCGUGCUUUGUGGGGGGAUCGAGCAUCAACUCUCGCCCUGGUAUAUUUGUUUAGUUGGCUGCACAUUUGGUUACAUGAGGUGGUCUAGGACCUGGCAGGUAUAGUCGCAUCUUUUCUUGUGUUAUAGCAGCAGAAGGAGGGGGAGGAGGAAUUCGCAGCAGCAAACCGUCUGUAGAUGAGAACCGCCUUAGAAGGGCCGGGCAGGGGAGGAAAUAUCCAGUACAUUAGACAGUUUUGAGGCGGACGCACCCUUUGAAUAGGACGUUGCGGCCAGUUCACUUGCUGAAAAAACUACACAUGUAAUUUUCUGCCAAUUUUUUCUUCUUCUCGUCGUCAACCUCGUUCAAUACGUCAUUCUAAUGUACUGUCCAGUCGGGGACGCACGUGAAACUAGUGACCAAGUCCAACCACGGAUCGGCCGCGUCUGGGGGGUCUGUGCCAGGUUUCUGUCUGGGGCCACAGCGACACAGGGGAAUUGUCUUGGGGUUGUUUGUCCAAUGUUACAAAGAGGGCGUCUUUUUUUUCCCCUUUCGAGGUCAUGGCGGCAUGAAAGCCGUCGUAGCUGAAUGCGCAUAUCGUCCAAGUCGGCAUUUUUGGGCGUCUAAUCUGCGACGCUGGGGUCUGACGUGGUCGCUGUCGUCGUUCAGCUGCGCCAGGGUCCGAUGCGAGCUGUGUGGCUUGCGUCUAUUCGAGGCACACAUUGGGGUUACACUUUGGUCUAGUUUUUUAUACUGUAUGGUUUUAUGUAGUGCGGCAAGGCAUUGUGUAUAUUAUCCUGCUGUGUAAAAAAUUAACGUAGUUUGGUUCUGGUCUAUGUACAUUAUCGGCAUGUAUGACGUGGGCCCUUUUCCCAUUAUUUCGUGGUGGCUUUGGUGUACGUUGGACAGACAGAUACAGAUACAUGGCUGUAGUGUGUGUCUUGGUAUCUUGGAGAGUUUGUAAAAUGUGACGGUGGUAUGUGUGAAUCAUGAAACAGAAAGAUGAUGAAGCGCAACAAAGACGAACAGAGAGACUAGCGAUAUGGCACGGCCUGGCCAAUUACACCAUGCUCUUCUUGUGGGUGGUACGGGUCAUAUGGUCUUUGUUGUUGCUGCUGCUGUUGAUAUGAUUGUGCGCUGUAGGAAGGCUGGUGGUGGUGCUGGCGCAUCUCGGGGUUGGGCUGUGCGUUGGCCAUGAGGCCGACGCGCUCGUCGCCCGAGACGGCCAUGCCUACGGUGCUAGGGUGCGGCGGCGGCGUGGGCGUCGAGGAGACGCCGUACUGGUUGUUGUACGGCGACGACUGGUGUGCGGCAGCAUUGUUGUUGUAUGCUGAGGCCUGGCUGGGACGCAUGGCCUCGUAGGAGCUGUCAUUGUCGGGCUUGGGGCGCUGCAUCUCGUGGGCGUGCUGGUAGGAGAUGUCCUGCUUGCGCUUGCGGACGCCGCAGACGAGCCAGCGCAUGCCGCGGCCAAAGGCCUUGACAAAGUCCCAGAUGUUCAUGGCGUCAAAGAGGGCCGCGAAGCCGAGGAAGCCGCCGGCAUUGGGCAGGCGGACGUUUUCGACAGUCGGGGAGCCGUUGGCAAUGUCGGGGCUUGGGUAGAAGGUGCGCGGGGACUCGGGCUUGUAGGGCUUGUAUGGGAAAGCCCAGAUGUGCAGCAAGGAAAAGAUGGCCAUUUCAAUGCACAGCAGCAGCGCGGGGAUGCCGACCUUGAGGUCCGGGUAGGCAAUGGUCUCGUUAGCGUGGACAAUGUUGAGCGUGGAGGUGCCGAGGGAGAUGGCGAGCGUCUGCCAAAAGGAGAAGAAGAUGACGAGCUUGAUGGCGAUGAUCUUGAUGAGCAGGUGGUUCUCCUUGAGGGGCGUUUUGAGCUGCACGUAGAACUGGAUCAGGCAGUACAUGGCAAUGGUGACGGCGAGGGCAUUGAUGACGGAGAUCCAGACGUGCGCAAACACGGGCGAGUUGGAGCUCUCGCAGUAGCGCUUAAAGUACUGCGUGAUGACGGCCGUGAUGGUCAUGGCGACGCGGAUGAAGCAGUAUUGGUAGAUGCCGAUCCAGUUGAUGUUGAACCAGGUCAGACCGCUCUUGGGCGUGCGCCAGGGCCCGCGCUCGCCGCCGCAGCACUUGGCGAACCAGUUGACGGGCAUGACCCAGGGCGAGAUGGGGCGCAUUUCGCGGAAGAAGUCCUUUUGGGUGUGCAGGUCCGGCGCGACGUAGUGGCAGAAGAGGCCGAAGAAGGACGCAAUGGCAAAGGCUUCGUAGCAGUCGGAGAUGACCUGGAAGUAGAUGGCGUGCCAGUACCAUUGGAUCUGGAGGAACGACGAGAUGGCGUAGAUGGGGACCAUGAAGAGGAUGCGGAUGAUGAACUUUUGCUCCUGCGGCUUGGUGUAGUGCGUGGCGU